UUUGCUGUUUUUGUUCUUUCAGAUGGCGCUGAUCAUUGGGGAUUCUCAGGUCAAGUACCUGAACCAGUAUCUUUGGGAUGGAAUUACUUGCAUUCCUAAACCAGGGUACAAGGUUCAGGAUCUUGUGCCGAUUAUUGAAGAGGUUGGACCUUACUUCAAUAAAGUAGUCCUCCAUUGCGGAACCAACAAUGUGCUGAGCGAGGAUGCAGAGACCAUCGUCGACCAUAUUUUGAAUUUUGCAGAGACCUUGAAGAGGGUAAAUUCGUAUGCUACACUGAUGGUGUCAGGCAUCCUACCAAGGAAAAUGAAUGGCUACCGCUGUGAAACAUCUGGCCAGCGUGUUGCUGGGAUGAAUGCCAAGUCAGCUUGCGUAAACGAUAUGCUGCGACAGUGUUUGCCAAACAUGGAGGUAAUGUUCAUUGAACUGUGGGAUUUCUUUUUGCAGCCUGGAAUGAUUUCUUUUGAUGGACUUCACAUCACGGCUCAAGGUUGCAAGUUGCUGUGCAGAUCCUAUGGGAAGUUUUGCAAGAGUAAGGUGCCCAUCAAAUUAUCUGUUCCUACAGAACAAAAUGUUGCUGUUGUUUCCAGGAUUACUACAAUUUCUAGUAAGCAGCAAGGGGUCGCGGCAUCUUUACCUUCUAAUGAAGACUUUCCUUCCCUGGAAGAAUCUUGUACACAGAAGCGUUUUGUACCCUCUCAGGUUCCAAAAGUCAAAAAACUACCUGCUUUUCAGAGAAUGUCUCAGCGUUUGAAGGUUUUGCCUAGCCAGUUUACUUCAAUUUCUUGUGUACCUUGUGUAGUCCAGAAUUCCUUUGCCCCAGUAAAUCCUGUUGUGCCAUCAGCUGUUGAGUCUCUUAAAAGCAAUUUUCAGGUUCCUGUGUGUACCCCAUCUUCUGGACAGUCAUCAUCUCAGGCUAAAGUGUCUGGGCCACUACACAACGUUCAGACAGACGGCGCGUCGAGGCGAGAGGACAUAGGAGCUUCUCCCCACCCACCCGCAACAUCUAGCUUCGCGUCCUUCGCGACGCGGGAGCGCUGA